CGAUUCGAUAUUUUGUCCGGACACGGAAAAAAAAAUAGAGAACGUGAUAAGAGAAACAAAGAAACAAUCAUACAGUGGAAUUGUAAUUCACUAUAUAUAUUUCUCAUUUUUAGUGACUUAAUGGCGACGCAGCAAGGAUUUGGAGUUGAGGAAAUUUACCGUGGUGUAAUCAGUGAUGUUGUUAGUCAGGUUAGAGAAGCAUUUUUGGACGAAGGCAUUGAUAUUGAAGCUUGGGAAACCAAAAUACAAGCGAGUGGAGCAGUCGAUUUGGAUGCCCGUCCUCCACCACCUCCAGCACAGCCGCCUCCAACAAAGCAGUCCAGGCAUCAUACUACGCAAAACACUUCUACACAACGUCCAUCCACUUCUGAUCAGACGCCUGGGACUUCUCAGCGUCCAAGUUCGUCUGAGCAAGUGCAGGGUACAUCAACAACAGCUUCCCAACAACAAAAAACUUUGGCAGUUUCGGCGCAACAACAACAGCAAAGUCUACCCCAACUACCUGCUCCUCUUCAGUUAUUAAAUUUGCCUACACAAAUGCUCAAUGCAGCAGUGCAAUUUCCGCCAGGCAUAUUGCCACCAGGCUCACAAUGUGCGAUUAUUGAAGGACCUAAUGGCCCUAAUUUUGUUCUGCUUAAUCCACAAAUGCAACUUAGUCUGGAUAGCCAAGCUCAAUUAAUUUUACAACAGAAUGCAGGAAACCCAAGUUUUCGAAGACCUGUACAAGAAAUUGCAACAAAGAAGGAAAAUUCAAAUCAACAUUUACCCCAACUUGAUGGUGGAGGUCCAGGCAUGACUGACAGUUCCUCAGAAGAAGAACAGGAAGACGAUCCAUUGAAAAGAUAUGCUGGUUUGGAAGAUGAAACGGCACAGCAAGAAAGUCCAGCGGAAGAAGAGGUACCUUUAAAUUCAGAUGAUGACCAAAGCGAUGACGAGGAUUUGGAUACACUCUUUGAUGCUGACAAUGUUGUUGUUUGCCAAUUUGAAAAGGUCCACCGAGCAAGAAAUAAAUGGAAAUUUAUUCUAAAAGAUGGAGUCAUGCAAAUAAAAGGCAAAGACUAUUGUUUUCAUAAAAGUAAUGGCGAGGCAGAGUGGUGAUUUAGACCAUUUUUAACGUUAGAAAUAUUGAUAUUCUUGCAUAUCUAUGUACUUUUACACAGGUUUUUUUCUAGAUUCGUAUUGAAGAUUUUCUAAUUAAAAAAUGACCAGUUAUUUUAUGAAAAUUUUAAAUAGAUUGUGUAUUAUUUUCACGUUUUGGCACUACUGAAGAAAAGGGUGCUUUUUCUGCGGACUUUUUUUGCGGACUUUUCCUUUCUUUUAAAUGUUUUACUUGUAGCAACUAACUGUCAAAGGUCCUCCCCCCUAUUAUUUUUCUUACCUAAGAUUGUACAUAAAGGUCAGAUUUUCUUCUUCCUCUCCUUCCUCUAUUUGCUCUGUGGCAUAUUCAAACAAGUGACAUUGAUAAAGAGAAGAUUAAUUUUAUACAUAGU